AGCAGAGGACCAGCAGCUCCUCCCUCAACAAAGCUGAUGUCAUCCACUCUUUAUAAUCACCUCUCCGGCAGGUGUUCAAAAGCUGCCGACACUGCUCUGCUUCGCUCUCUUCUGAUCUAAACACCAGCAGGUCACACGGACAAACACAACAUGAAGUGCCUGAACAACCGGGCCGACAGCCACCUGACCGGGCAGGUCGAGUGCGAGCUGGACAGCAGGGGCAGCGGCGCCUGGGUCAACCAGGGCUUCUGUAGCUCCCCUCCGCCUCUGCCCAGAGCUGUCAGCACCAUCUACAACCCACAGCCCCUCUACCAGGGCUCCAUGGACAGCAUGUACAAACCGGACACACUUGGCCCAUUCCCAGAGGAACCACCCUCCGCUGACCAAAGCCUGGUGAAGAAACAAAGAAGCUGCUGCUGGUUUAUCAAAGGCUUGUGGGGCACAACACUGACUGAAAACACCUCAAACAACAGAGAACUGUUUGUCCGAACCACACUACGGGAGUUACUGGUCUAUCUGGUGUUCCUGGUGGAUAUAUGCCUCUUGACAUACGGUAUGACCAGCUCGAGCACCUACUACUACACUAAAGCCAUGACGGACCUGUUUGUGAAUACAGCCAGUGAAAGUGGGGUUAAGUUUCAGUCCAUCAGCACCAUGGCCGACUUCUGGACUUAUGCCCAGGGCCCUUUACUGGACGGCCUCUACUGGACUAAAUGGUACAAUGACCAGUCCAUGGACAAUGGAGACAGGUCCUUCAUCUACUAUGAGAACAUGCUGCUGGGAGUUCCCAGAAUGAGGCAGAUCAAGAUCCUGAACAACUCCUGCAAGGUGCACAAUGAUUUUGAAGAUGAGAUCACAGGAUGUUUUGAUGUUUACAAUGACAAGAAGGAAGAUGACCUCAGCUUCGGCCUCAUCAAUGGCAGCGCCUGGACCUACCACACAGAGAAAGAAAUCAAAGGUUCCUCUCACUGGGGCUUGCUAACCACCUACAGUGGAUCGGGAUACUACCAAGACCUGAGUCGGACCAAAGAGGAGAGUGCCAUCAAACUGAAGGAACUGGUGGACAACCUGUGGCUUGACCGAGGAACCAGAGUGGUCUUCAUUGACUUCUCCACGUACAACGCAAACAUCAACAUGUUCUGCGUCAUCAGGUUGGUGGUUGAAUUCCCAGCGACCGGUGGAGCGAUCAGUUCCUACCAGAUAAGAACAGUCAGGCUGAUUCGCUACAUCACCACCUGGGAUUACUUCAUCCUCGGCUGUGAGAUGGUCUUCUGUUUAUUCAUCCUCUAUUAUAUUGUGGAGGAGAUUCUUGAGCUGCGUAUACACAAGUUCUCCUAUUUCAAAAGCAUCUGGAACAUCCUGGACAUCAUUGUCAUAAUGCUCGCCAUUGUUGCCAUUGUAUUCAAUAUUUUCCGAACGGUCAAAGUGGACAAGUUGCUUGGCAAACUGCUGGAGCAUCCACAAAUCUAUGCUGAUUUUGAAUUUCUGGCCUUCUGGCAAACACAGUACAACAACAUGAAUGCCGUGAAUUUGUUCUUUGCGUGGAUCAAGGUUUUCAAGUACAUCAGUUUUAACAAAACCAUGACACAGCUGUCCUCCACACUUGGUCGAUGUGCAAAAGAUAUUCUGGGCUUCGCCAUCAUGUUCUUCAUUGUGUUUUUCGCCUACGCCCAACUUGGAUAUUUGCUCUUUGGAACAGAGGUCGAAUCUUUCAGCACCUUCGUCAAGUGCAUUUUCACACAGUUCAGGAUUAUUCUUGGAGACUUUGAUUACGACGCCAUCGACCGAGCUAACAGAGUUCUUGGGCCAAUCUACUUUGUCACCUAUGUGUUCUUCGUUUUCUUCGUUCUACUGAACAUGUUUCUGGCCAUCAUAAAUGACACAUAUUCUGAGGUAAAGGAGGAACUCUCAUCCCAAAAAGACGAGCUACAGUUUACUGACAUCAUCAAACAGAGCUACAUGAAGACAUUUACAAAGCUGAAACUUAAGAAGGAGAAAAUAUCAGAUGUUCAGAAAGCACUACGAUCUGGAUCUGGAGAAAUUGAAUUCAGGGACUUCAGAGAAACUCUGAAAGAGAUGGGACACGCUGAUCAUGAAAUUUCUGCAGCCUUCUCACGGUUUGACCGGGAUGGCAACCAAAUUCUAGACGAAGACGAGCAAGAGAGGAUGAAAAUCGAGCUGGAGGAAAAGAGGGAUGCUCUCAGCGCUGAACUCAACAAUCUUGGAAUGAAUUAUGAGAAGGAAUUACUGGAGAAGCCUCCAACAUCCAAUGAGCAGAAGAACCAAUCCAGUCACAACUUUGUGGAUCGGGACCAGUUUCUUAGACUGACAAAACAAGUUGUCCAGCUUGAGAGCUCUGUGGACGGAAUCACAUCCAGGAUUGACUUGAUUAUGGAGAAGCUGGGAUUACAACAGAGAGCUAAAAGGAACCAAACGGCAGGAAAACAGACUGUGACCAAUGAUGAUAGUGAUGAAACCGCCACAGAUGGCAGCAUCCUGGUUCUUGUGGACAGAGGGCUGACGUCCAGGAGGUCAACGGCUCGUUCCAACUCUACACUCGACUCUCCGAUGUGAUCAACCUCAAGAAACAGACUCGGGUUAUAUGGCAGUCAGCUGACACAUGGGGAACAACAGGUCAUACGUCAUCAAUAUCAUUUUCUUUACAACAUUCAAAUGUUGUAAGAAUUUCUUCAGGUUAAGGUCACAAUUAGGACGGUCAGAUCAACAAUACUGAGAGAAUAUUUAAAGCUUUCCUUCAGCUGCUUUAAAGUACUCAUGUAAUGGAGAUAUGUAAAUACUGUACAAAUCUGUUUUUGAAAUUCUUUGCUUACUAGGUGAGUGCACUAGAGCGAAUAUAAUAAACUGGUUAAAGUUUAAGCUCAGAUACAAAGUAUGUUUUAGAUGAUACCUGAAUUCAAAUCUACUCAUUAUUAAUGUUGUUCAGUAUAAAUUUAUUUCAACAGUAGGUUAGAAAAAUAAAGUUACACAUUAUAACCCAAUAUCAGCCAGUAUAUACACCACCUAAGAUCUGACUGAGUGAGUUCUUGCUUUGCUUUUGUCAUUGAAUGUUCUAUUGCAGUUGAUCAAAAGCUAUCAGCAUCCUGACCUGUUUAUAGUUUAGUGACAUGAAAAAUAAUAAAUGUUUUUGUUUUGGAUGUUUGUGCGUAAUACAUCUUUGUCCACCUCCCAAGCUGUGAAAACACAUGUAGUAACAAAGCAAAUGACAUCUACUGCUCUUUAUUAUUAAAAACAUCACAUAAAAUAAUCAGAUCUGGGACAAAUAGGAUGUUUUUUUAAACACUUCCCAUCGUUACUGCAAACAAAAAGGGUGAAAAAGCUUUUGAGCAAAAAAAAACAUGCUGUC